GAAGCGACGAUAUUGUUUUGUUUUGUUACAAAUCCAACGGUCAUUUCUCCACAAAAAAACUCAUCGUGUCCAAAACAAUUACAAACAAUGACUGAGUCGUCUCAAGACAUUCCGAAUUCAAAUUCACAACCAGAAACGAUUCCUAGUAUUCCAAUCGAGUUCGUGAGUGAAGACGAGAUGGCUCUGAUUGAAGCAGCUUACGCUGCAACUCGUCCUACUCUAUCUUCCUCCAUUUCUUCUUCAAUUUGUUCACCCAGUUCCCGCUUUCAAACCAACACUAGAACCAUCCAGUCGAUCGCCCUCUUAUCUAAACGAGCUUUAAAUGGUUCCGGUGAGCUUGACAUGGAGGAUUCCGACAGGUUGAAGAAUGCCCAGAAGAGGAUUAGAGUCACUCAGCCCUUCUUGCAUCGGUUUAGAAGGAAACGGGCGCUAUGGGUUACUGAUAUUACUGCCACGGAAUGGUGUGAAAAACAAAUGGAAUUUUCCCUCGUCUCUGGCAAACGAAAAACAAGUAAAGCUAUGAAAGCUGGUAAGGCUCGCCAUGUGGAACUUGAAGAAGAGGUUGUUAAAAAAGUAAAAGUUCGUGUGGAGUCAGUCGAAGAUAGCUGGGCAUUAAAAUUCAUUAACUUCAUAACCUGUGCAAAUCAAUUACUAUUUGAAGGACUAACACGUGAGAUACCACUAGUAGGGUUUGUGGAAGGCAUAUGGUUGGUAGGUAUUAUCGAUGAGUUGCGAAUGCCUGAAACUGGAAGUGAUAGGAACCCAAUAAUAGUAGACACAAAGACUCGUGUACGAGAUUCUCUUCCUGCUGAAGCACAAAGGAGAAAUGGAAGGCUUCAAUUAAUGUGCUACAAGUAUUUGUGGGAUACCUUGGUUGCAGAUAGCUUCCCUUCCGGACAGUUUUUCGAUUUCUUUUCAUUGAACCGUAACUACAUAUUGUCCGAGGAUAUCAGAGAGAGAACUGCUAAUGCAGGUUUUCCAGCUAAGACACUUGAUGACAUGAUUCAAUAUUACAUAAAUACAUGUAGCAUGCUUCCCUCCUCUCAAGACCGGCUAUUAUUGAGAUAUGAACUACAAAAAGAUCAGUCAGUUAUAGGUGAAGAUCAGUUUGCAUACGAUCCCGAGUGGCUCAAAAACCAAAUUAAAAUCAAUCUGGAGCUCUUGCUAGGAGAACGAGAAGCAAGCUACACCCCUGAGGAAGAACGUUGGAAGUGUCGGCAUUGUCAGUUUGCUUCAGUUUGCCCUGGAAACCCGAAUCCUAAUAGCCCACCUUCAAACUAGAGAUGAUAUUUUCUGGGAGUUCCUAAAUGUCAUGAUGUUGUCUUAAGCAUAAGUCGGU